AUGUCAUCAAAAGAGUGUAUUACAUGUGGACAAAACAAAUCGUCGUGGAAUUGGUGCUUCGAAUGCGAACAUCAAAGGUUUCGAGACAACUUUUUCAAUUGGACGAGCGAGAAUAAGUUGAUCGAUGAUUUAAUUAAAGAAAUACAACUUUUAUCGCGUUAUCCCAAGGAGUAUAUCGAGUGGAUCCCCUUUUCAGAUUUUGAAUUAAUAAAAUAUCAUGGUAAGGGUAGACAUAGUACCGUGUAUACCGCAACGUGGCUUCGCGGCCCUUUAUAUAAUUAUGACGUUUUAAGCGAUGAUAACACGAGAUCCGGUCCUCAAUUGAUUGCCUUGAAGUCUCUCGAUAAUUCAAGAAAUAUUACUCCACAGUAUUGUCGCUUGUUGAAAGAAUUUGUUCGUCAGACGUUUGAAGAAGCUGAUGAUAAUUUCGAAUGGUGUUAUGGAAUAACUCAAGAUCCGGUGUAUAAGGAUUAUAUGUUGGUGAUGUCUUUCGCGGAGGAAGGGAAUCUUUAUGAUCACAUUAAGAGUUCAACCAUCAUCACUAUAGAUUGGAUGAAGGUAAUUGAAGAUUGUUUUGACCUAGCAAAGAUGCUGAAUGGGUUACACGACAGAAAUUUGGUCCAUGGGAACCUUCAUGGGGGGAAUGUAUUGGCCAACGUUGAAGGAUUCACGAUUACGGAUAUUGAUAGUGUUAAAGAUCGUCCCACGUCCGAAGAUUUAAUUAAAUCAUUCGCCGAAUGGAAAUAUGCGUUGAAUAAUUUCGAUUAUAUUGAUGAUGAAUAUCCAGAGCAUAAAAUUAUUACUCAAAUCGAAGAGUUUGAGCACGUUUAUGUGGAUAACGACAUCAUUAGGGAGCACAACAUACACGAAAAGGCGGUUUAUACGAGUCAACUUAUCGACUUUUGUUCGUUACGUCAGCCUUAUCAGCAGAACGAAUCUCCUAUUGACAAGUUACUCAAAAGUCAUCUUAAUGUAAUACCGUAUGAACAAUUUGACCAAAUCAAGCUGAUCUCGCAAGGAGGAUAUAGUUCAAUGUAUUCAGCAAUUUGGACGAAAGAAAUCAAAGUCGCGUUGAAAAUGUUUCGCGAUUCUUCCGAUGUGAAUUAUGAAUUCCUCUCCUCAUUACAUUCAUGUUUGAACUUACGACAUUAUGAAAAAGGACCGCAAUAUUAUGGGAUAACAAAAGAUCCGAUAACGCACAAUUAUAUGAUCGUAAUGCAAUACUUUGACGUAGAUUUAUACAAUCAAUCCUUUUUGGAUUGGAGGGGGAAAAUUCUUUCCCUGUUGAAGAUAUCGUUAAAGUUAAAAGAAAUUCACGACCUUGGAUUAGUUCAUAAAAACCUUCACGGAGGAAAUGUAUUCACGAUUGAUGAUGAUAACAAAUAUGAAUGGUUUAUAACGGACACGGGGAUAACUAAAUCAACAUAUUGUCAAUUGUACGGAGUGCUUCCAUUUAUGGCACCAGAAGUAUUACAGUAUAAUAAGUACACACAAUCUUCGGAUAUUUAUAGCCUGUCGAUGAUAAUGUAUGUUGUCUUGACAGGUUUUAAACCAUUUCACACUAAAAUUCAUGAUAGUGAUUUGGUCAAGAAAGUUGUCAUUAAACACAGGAGACCAAAAUUUUACUUUCCUGAAGAAGAUAUUCCAAACGAUUAUUUAAACCUUUUAAAGAAAUGUUGGUCUUAUUCACCUUCCCUUAGACCAGAUAUUAAUCAAAUCAUAGAUCUCCUUCAGGAUUGGCUUACCCAAUUAGAUCAUAGGUCUUCCACGAGAAUUACUCAACAAUUCUCAAAAUGUGAGACAUCUGGGCGUGCAAAUCCACUCGAUAUUUAUUACCUUGAUGAGGAUAGUUAUUAUAGCAAAGAUUUGACUAAUUGUCAACUUAACUUUUUAUAA